AUGUAUGCGUCAUGUUGGAGUGGUCUCGUCGUGAAGGCACUUGGCGUUGCCAUAAUUUUAGGAUCAUGUCUGAACAAACUACCGGUGAUUUUGAACUUGUUGGAUUCCAAAUCGACGGUAGGUUUGUCUCGAGGUUCACUUUACGGAGAUGCUAUCAUAUACGCCAACGGUGCAUUUUAUGGACUGUUGGAAGGACAUCCGUUGACGGCAUUUGGUGAAAAUGUUGCCAUGUUGAUUCAGACCAUCGUUAUCAUUUUUUUGGUAUGGAGCUUUGCGAGCAAGCCCGUGGCCGUCAGCAUGCAAGAACGGGGUCUGGCUGCUCUCGUUGGCGCAGCCUAUACUGUUAGUGUUACUUCAUUUCUACCAGCCGACCAGCACUUUAUCCUAAUGGCAGCUAUUUGGCCCGUGUACAUAUACGCGCGAGGUUCGCAAAUGCUUGAAACCUUCAAGAUUAAACACACGGGAGCGCAGUCGAUUGCAACAAUUGGUAUGAGUUUAGCAGGUUCAUUGAUCCGUGUUUUAACGACAAUCAAGGAAGUGGGCAUUGAUUUUGCCGUUCUAACGGGGUAUGGCUUAGGCGUUCUGCUGAAU